AUGCAUAAAAAACUGAAUACAAGAGUGCCUUAUGACCGAUAUGAUGUAAUAAUACUGCAAAAAAUUUCUAUUAAAGAACGACAUGAGUUAAAAAAAACCAAAAAUUUAAAACAACGAUGUCGUUCAGGAUGCUUAAAGGUUUUAAGUCUAAAAAAGCAGCGUCACUUUGGUCAGCUCGCUCGUUCGCGUGCUGAUGCAACAAGUUUUGAAAUUGCAGACACUCUUAAUAAUACUUACCCAG